AUGCAGAACGACGCCGGAGAGGUUGUUGAGCUCUACGUUCCGCGCAAGUGCUCGUCUUCGGGCCGCAUCAUCGCCGCCAACGACCACGCUUCGAUCCAGAUGGACUUUGUCGACGUCGACCCCGAAAGUGGCCGUAUGAUCCCCGGAAAGGUCACCCGCUACACGAUUGCCGGCAGCAUCCGACGAAUGGGCGAAGCCGACGACUGCCUCCUGCGACUGGCCAAGAGGGACGGCAUCAUCCCCGCGGAUCAU